AUGGUGCAGCAGCACAAACCGCUGGGCUACAGGUCAAACCGCUGGGUCAAACCGCUGGGCUGGGUACAGGUCAAACCGCUGGCUACAGGUCAAACCGCUGGGCUCAAACAGGUCAAACCGCUGGGCUCAAACCGCUGGGCUACAGUGGUCAAGGUCAAACCGCUGGGCUACAGGUCAAACCGCUGGGCUACAGGUCAAACCGCUGGGCUACAGGUCAAAACCGCUGGGCUACAGCACGGUCAAACCGCUGGGCUACAGGUCAAACCGCUGGGCUACAGGUCAAACCGCUGGUCAACAGGCAACCGCUGGGCUACAGUCAAACCGCUGGGUACAGCAAACGCUGGGCUACAGGUCAAACCGCUGGGCUACAGGUCAAACCGCUGGGCUACAGGUCAAACCGCUGGGUCAAACCGCUGGGCUACAGGUCAAACCGCUGGGCUACAGGUCAAACCGCUGGGCUACAGGUCAAACCGCUGGGUCAAACCGCUGGGCUACAGGUCAAACCGCUGGGCUACAGGUCAAACCGCUGGGCUACAGGUCAAACCGCUGGGCUACAGGUCAAACCGCUGGGCUACAGCUUGCCUGUUCAGGUACAAUGGGCUGUCGUUCGUCUACCUCGUCUACCUGCUGCUCAUCCCUCUGUUCGCCGAGCCCACCGCCGUCACCAUGCACGGUAAAGCUGCACUCACCGGCAUGCUAACAGUGCGGGGCCAGAUACACUGA